AUGGUUGAUAGUUCGAUGACGUCACUCAUUUGUUCUGCAGGCAUGCAGAAGGCAUUCAUCAAGGACACCGUGAGGGCUGUUUGGCGUCCUGGGGCGUCUGCGGAGGCUGGCGAUGCCUGUUACUUUAAGGCUGAUUCUGUUGACAAGUAUGAUGUUUCUUUCUAA